AUGGCGAGUGACCCCGCUAAUCUGGAGUGUCUUCUCUGGAUUGGAGAGGGCUUGCACAAUUUUAAGUUGUCUCCCAAGGAGGAGGAGGAGGUUUUAUGUGCUAUUGGACGCUCCUUGUCCAUGGUCACAAGCAGUGCAGUUUUAAAUGAUGCAUUGCACAGGCUUUUGAAGCCUACAUAUGACCCUUUGAAAGAACUUUUGAUAGCUGAUGUUGAGAAUCGGCUGAAAUUUGUCUCGGCUGAAAGUGCAAUGUUGCUGGAGUCCAGUGUUCGAGCUCUGCAUAGGCUCGGUACAAUUUUCAGUCAAUUCCCUGUGCUUAGCUCCUCGUCCGUGAUUGGUGAGGAAGUUUUCGUAGGAAUUUUAUCACAGUUUUGGCCUUUGUUGGAACAAAUGUUCUCAUCCGCCUUCAUGGAGAACAACAGUUUAGCAACUGCAGUAUGCAAAUGCCUCUCCGAGGCCACAAAGACCGGAGGACAAUGCAUACUACCGUUGCUGCCAAACAUUACAAAAUUUUCGAGUGAGAACUUCGUUUCUUUUCAAACCCAUGUCUGCUUUCUCAAACUUGCUAAUACUUUAACGGAAGAACACGGUCAUCAGAAAGAGUAUGCCCCGUUGUUCGUUGAAGUAGCGGGAGUAUUUAGUACUGCGGACUCGGUGGCGGCAUUAAGCUCAUCCUACGCUUGUGACAACGAGCCUGACGUGGCGGAAGCGUAUAUGAAUUUUAUGUCCACUUUUCUUCGCAACUGUCACAAGGGUGUUCUAGCGACUGCAGAAUUGCACGUAGAAGCAGCUCUAAAUAGAGCAACUAUUUGUUGCACGGUGAUGCACCGUGGAGCUGCACUGGCAGCCAUGUCCUACAUCUCAUGCUUGUUGGAGAUGGCGCUGUCAUCACUCACGGAGAGCGUAGACUGCCCGUUAACAGCCGCGGUCUUGAAAAUAUGCACACAAUGCGGAGAAAGUAUUGUUUCGGGGAUGCUGUAUGCAUUACUUGGACCCUCUGCUAUGUCACGGGUGUACAAAGCGACGACAAUACUCCAACAACUGGCAGCUAUAUGCAACAGUGGGAGCUCCAGAAUCGGAUGGAGUGCCCUUCAGUGCUGGAUAGUCUCCGCCAUUCAAGCACUUCCGGCCGAGUACUUGAGACAUGGUGAAGCGGAGCGCCUGUCUGCGACAUGGCUGGAAGCUCUUAGGGCCGCAGCAUCAGAGGUGGAUGCAGGUAACUCGAUCAGACAAAGAGGCGGAAACGGUGGUCGAUCCUUGAAGCGUGUUCUUCGUGAUUUUGCCGAACAACACAAAACAAACUUAAUCUGUGUCUCGUGAAUACCACCAUGAAUCACGUAAUAGCAUUACUUUUUCGGAAAGGACUUUUUGCUAGAGCUCGUGUAACAUAGAAAUACCAAGACAGGGCCGUCAGUCUGGUCCUCCGGAAAAUAAUAAGCAUGGCGAUUGAUGUUUCAUAUUCUUCUGCUGUUUAGAAACCGUACAAAUAACAGUGUGAAUUACUAAAGAAAGGUUAAAACACUUGUUAUAUCUA